AUGUCUUCCAGAAGUCCCAGAAAUUUAAUAAAAAGUAAGUGGGGAUCAAAGCCUAGUGACUCCAAAUCAGAAACUGCAUUAGAGAAAUUUAAGGGAGAAAUUGCAGCCUUAAAAACAUCGGUGGAUGAAAUUACAAGUGGAAAAGGAAAGCUGACUGAUAAAGACAGACACAGACUUUUGGAGAAAAUUCGAGUCCUUGAAGCUGAGAGGGAGAAGAAUGCUUAUCACCUCACAGAGAAGGACAAAGAAAUACAGAGACUCAGAGACCAGCUGAAGGCCAGAUAUAGUACUACUACAUUACUUGAACAGCUGGAAGAGAAAACAAAGGAAGGUGAAAGGAGGGAACAACUGUUGAAAUCCUUAUCUGAAGAGACAGAUAUAUUGAAAAAACAGUUGUCUGCUACAACUGCAAGACUUCAUGAACUUGAAAGCAAAGCCAGUAUACUUCAUUUAUCACAGACUGUGCCUACAAGCUGCUUCAACUCAUCAACGAAUAAUGUUCAUGAAAUGGAAAUACAGCUAAAAGAUGCUCUAGAGAAAAAUCAGCAGUGGCUUGUGUAUGAUCAGCAGCGAGAGGCCUACGUAAAAGGACUUUUAGUGAAAAUCUUUGAGUUGGAACAGAAAACGGCAACAGCUGCUCAUUCACUGCCACAGCAGACUGAAUCAGAAGAUUAUCUUCAAGAAGAGAAGCAAAAAUACUACAGUCAUCUCUUGGCAAAUGCAAAAAAAGAUCUUGAGGUUGAACAACAGACCAUAACUCAGUUGAGAUUUGAACUUAGUGAAUUUCAAAGAAAAUAUGAAGAGACCCAGAGUGAAGUUCAAGAUUUAAAUCAACUGUUGUGUUCACAAAGAAAGGCAGAUGUACAACAUCUGGAAGAUGAUAGGCAUAAAACAGAGAAAAUACAAAGACUCAAGGAAGAGAAUGAUAUUGCUAGGAAGAAGCUUGAAGAAGAGAAGAAGAGAUCUGAAGAGCUCUUAUCUCAGGUCCAGUUUCUUUACACGUCUCUGCUAAAGCAGCAAGAAGAACAAAUGAAGGUAGCUCUGUUGGAACAACAGAUGCAGGCAUGUACUUUAGACUUUGAAAAUGAAAAACUUGACCGUCAAAAUAUGCAGCAUCAAUUGCAUGAAAUUCUUAAAGAGCUCCGAAAAGCAAGAAAUCAAAUAACACAGUUGGAAUCCUUGAAGCAGCUUCAUGAGUUUGCCUUCACAGAGCCAUUAGUCACUUUCCAAGGAGAGACUGAAAACAAAGUAAAAGUUGCCUCACCAAAAAGUCCCACUGCUGCACUAAAUGAAAGCCUGGUGGAAUGUCCCAAGUGCAACAUACAGUAUCCAGCCACUGAACAUCGAGAUCUGCUUGUCCAUGUUGAAUACUGUUCAAAGUAG